CAUGCAAUGUUGACAAUAAUAAAAAGGACCAAGACGCCCCUUCUCGCCAUUGACGUAGAUUUUGCGUGUCUUGUCUCCCCAUCACCGCACCGUCAUAUCGCAACCCGCACGGGCAGUAGACGUCAAUUUCAACUACACAUCCCUAUAACAUCAGAUCGCAUUAUAUCUGGGGGACCCUGUACACAAACAACCCUACACGAGUGUGCGUGCCGAGUGCUGAAGAUACUCACCCUACAGCAACGACCACCACCCACCCACCAUCACCUGGCAUAAAAAGACUCGCCUGCAGGAGACGCCCUUAUCGCGAUGAACGAGGUCGAUCGCGAGCUCUCCGCAGCCGCGCGGGAGGCGUCGCCCGAUCGCUACAACGGCCGCGAGAGCCACGAGAUAGAGCGCGUGCUCUCGGCCUCGUCCGUCUCAACAGCGUCCUCGGAUGGCUCCUCGGCCAGGCGAAACAGGGCUGGCGGCGUCCUUGAUGCCGGCAUGAGCCGCAUGUCGACGCAGGCCGACCUGGAGCGCCACCCCACCGAGCUGAGCCGCAUCAACACGGCCCGCAGCCAGCACAGCGCCACCAUCGGUAGGAGUCUUCGGAGCCGCGAGUCCAGGAAGCCGCUGCCCGCCUUUGGCGCCGGUAAGCCCUUCCCUCCGCAGCUGCCCGACCGCGAGGAGUACGUGGUCGAGUUCGACGGCCCCGACGACCCCAUGCACGCCCAGAACUGGUCCCUCAACAAGAAGCUCGUCACCGCCGCCAUCCUUGGCUACACCACCAUGACGGCCUCCUUCGCGUCCUCCAUUUUCUCUGCCGCCACAAGAGCCGUGGCCGCCGAGUUCAACGUGUCUACCGAGGUCGGCCUCCUCGGCGUGUCCUUUUUCGUCCUGGGUUUCGCCUUUGGUCCAACGCUGUGGGCCCCCCUCUCGGAGCUCAAAGGCCGGCGUAUGCCCAUCGUCGUUUCCAUGUUUGGCUUCAGCCUCUUCUCCAUCGCCACGGCCACGGCCAAGGACAUCCAGACCAUUCUGAUCUGCCGCUUCUUUUCGGGCUUCUUUGGCGCCUGCCCGCUCGCCGUCGUCGCCGCCGUGUUUUCCGACAUGUUCGACAAUCGCACCCGAGGCGUCGCCAUCACCCUCUUCUCCAUGACCGUCUUCACCGGCCCUCUCAUGUCCCCCUUCAUUGGCGGCUUCAUGGUCGAGUCGUCCCUCGGCUGGCGCUGGACCAUGUAUCUGACAACCAUCAUGGGCUUCGUCGCCUUCGUGCUCGAUCUUUUCUUCUUGGAGGAGACGUACCCGCCCACCAUCCUGGUCGCAAAGGCCGCCGAGCUGCGCCGUCGCACCCUCAACUGGGGCAUCCACGCCAAGCAGGAGGAGAUCGAGGUUGACCUGCGAGAGCUCAUCAGCAAGAACUUCUCGAGGCCCAUGCGCCUGCUCUUCCUCGAGCCCAUCGUCACCGCCCUCUCUGUCUACAUGGCCUUUAUUUACGGCCUGUUGUACCUGUUCCUCACUGCCUACCCCUUCGUUUUCCAGGGCAUAUACCACAUGACCUCGGGCAUCGCCGGCCUCGCCUUCUUCGGAAUGAUCAUUGGCCAGUUUAUCGCCGGCAUCGUCGUGCUCCUUCAACAGCCUUGGUACAAUCGCAAGCUGGCGGCCAACGACGGUGUUCCUAUUCCAGAGUGGCGUCUCCCGUCCGUCAUAGCCGGAGGGGUUGCCUUCUCCAUUGGCAUCUUCUUCUUCGGCUUCUCGAGCCGGGCCGAUGUCCACUGGAUCGUCCCCACAGCCUCGGGUCUCCUGACUGGCUUCGGGCUCAUGUCCAUCUUCCUGCAAGCCCUCAACUACCUGGUUGAUGCCUACCUGAUGUUCGCCGCCUCUGCCAUCGCUGGGAACACCUUCCUCCGCAGCCUGUGUGGCGCCGGCUUCCCCCUGUUCGCCGGCGCCAUGUUCAACGGCAUGGGUGUCCAGUGGGCCAGUCUUCUGCUCGGCUGCGUGGCCGUCGCCAUGAUCCCCAUUCCCGUCAUCUUCUGGCUCUAUGGCCACAAGAUCAGGGCCCGCAGCGCCUUCGCGCCCACGCCGCCUCCCCAGCAGCAGCAGCAGCAGGACCGCGCAGGCUCGAGGAGCACCCCCUCCAUCCAGAACCCGGAAUCCGAGAAGGACACGUCGCCGGCCCAGUCCACGGGCAUGAACACGUCCUCCAACGGAGCCACCCCCGUGCGCAGGCAGCUCGACAAGGCCGAGGAGGCCGUAUGAGCGAGCCUUUGGUCUUGCACUCCCUUCUUUUUUUUCGUUUCAAACACUGCCCUCUCGACCCCUUCUUGGUUUAUAUACCCCUGUCUUUCUGUUUAAUGUUUUGACGAACAAGAAGUAAAGGAUGCAUGAGGGAAGCGAAGCGAAACAAAAGCAUUGAAAAUUCUAUUGGCUUAAUCAGGCGCCCUUGAUGGAGCCCUUAGUUGAUGAAUCUGUACUUUAUUAUAAUGGAUAAAAAGGGUAGCCUCGACAGAAUACCUGAGCGUAGAGGUUGUUUUUAGUAUAUACACUCGGGAUGGCACUUGAUAUUCAAUACUAAUCUCGUCCCUGAGCGAAUAACUGCCAUA